AUGGCAAGUGUGAAAGUUUUUUCUUUUGCUUUACUCCUUGUUCUCAUUUUCUCCGUUGGUACGUUUUUCUUUCUUAUAAUUUGUUAAAUUUAAAUAAUAAAAAUCCUUGACAAUGACAAUGAGAGAUGCAACAGUUGGUGUCUUAAUGGCUGCAGCAAUGGAAAAGGCGGUUUCUGCAAACCUAUGUCUCACGGAGGACAAUGCCACUGCUACUGUUAA